GGAUGAGAAUGAGUGUGCUGUAUUCUGCAUGCCAGUUUCAUUCUUACAUCGACACCCACUGAAACAAAUUAUUUUAACCACACACUAGAAUCUGUCACGCAACAUAUUUUAAAAGAGGUUCCUGAAGAAAGAGAAGCUUUAAUGUAGUAGCUUCUUGUAAAUUUGUCACUUUAUCCAAAAGAAAAAGCUGAGUUUCAUCUCUCUGCAUAAGCUGAAAAUGAAUGAUUGCUUAUUUAGAAUUUGGACUGCAGAUUCCUAUUGUCACUGUAAAGUUAAAUUCUGCACAAUCUGAUCAGAACAAACAAACAAAAAACAAGACAGAAGCCUGCUGUUGCACACUUUGGGGCGUUGGGGCGUCCAGAAUUUCAUCACUGUUUGAGGAAGCGGCAUUGGCCAAGUUCAAAGAAGCCACUUGACUUAUCUCGUACAUGCAGCAGUGUAAAAGCGAAGCAUAAACAUCAGACAUGUCGGCAAACAACAGCUGAGUGUUGUCAUAAAGAUUUGUAGAAGAGAGACUGCAGCCUUAUAGUGAGAGUCAAACUUCAGAGUACUGUUGAGACAUAUUCCAAGGCAAAAAGAUCCAAAAUGGAUUGUGACAUGGAAGUGGUGAAAGAAUGGGUCAAUACAAUUCAGUUAAUAAUUUACAUUCCAACAUUCAUCGUUGGUGUGUUCUUGAACAGCAUUGCCUUGUUUAUUUUUAUUUUCAAAAUGCGGACAGAAUCCACAAUCUACAUGACUAACUUGGCAAUAAUGGACAUUUUUCUGCUGAUCCCUCUUCCUUUCAGAAUGUAUGCUGCCAAAAAUAGAUGGAUACUGAGCAAGUCAUCUUGCUCAGUAUUUGAGGCUUUAUAUUUUGUGGGUGUUUACGGAAGCAUACUCACCAUCACAUUCAUCAGCAUUGACAGAUACUUUUCUAUAAAGCAUCCUUUCAAAGCAAAAGUCUUAAGAUCACCCAGGAAUGUCUGUAUUGCGUGCAUUGGAAUUUGGAUCAUGCUUCUGGUGGGUGUCCUGCCCGUAUUUACCUUUCACACGAAUACAAAUACUACUGAAGACUUCAGAUGUUUUCACAAUUUCUCUGAUGAUUCCUGGCAGCCAAAAGUUGUCAUUCCAUUGGAAGUCUUUGGAUUCCUCAUUCCAGUAUCCAUUCUGCUUUUCUGUUCAAUCCGGAUUAUCAAUGCCCUGAAGAAACUGCAAAGUAAUGACAAGACUAGUUUAAGAAUUGUUUAUGCAAACCUAUUUGUUUUUCUUAUUUCUUUCACUCCAAGUCAUUUGGGGAUUUUUUUGCAGUUCUUGGUUCGAAACAAAAUCCUUAUUGACUGUUCCACAAAAAUGGGUAUCAGUUUUUAUGUCCAGAUUUCAAUGUGUUUUUCUAACAUUACAUGCUGCCUAGAUGCAAUUUGCUAUUAUUUUGUGGCAAGUGAGUUUCGUUCAAGAGGCAUUCCCAGGAGGUUAAGUUCAAGAAAUCCUAAUACUUCAGUGACUGAGAUCUAAAAUAAUAACAAAACCUUCUUAUUUGACAGAAACCAUUGAGAAGUCAAACAAAUGACCGGGACACUUGUUUUAAAACAUGGGCUGGCUGAUUGAUACUAUUAAAUGGAAUGUUCAGACAACAGAAAAUUAAACAACAUAAAAUGCUAAUGUGUCAACAAAAAGAAUGGAGUUGUGGGCACAAAGUGACUUACAGGCAAGAUGGUGAACUACAUUUAGACAGCUUCAUGCUACUUAAGCAGGACAUGUACUGCUUUAAACAAUCUUGGUCAAUUCUGUGGGACUAAUGGUUUAUUUAAAACUUUUCAAUGACGUCUCUUACAAAGAACACUAUUUACUUUAUAAAAUAUUAUAAAGACCAAAGAGGUUGCCUUUUUAAUUUUAUCCAAUAAAGGACUUAAAGGGAAAAGGCACAUAUGGCAUUAGUCUCUGAAGGAGGGAAGACAUCUAUUGAAGGUACACCACAGGUCCAUUUAAAAAUGUCCAGUUUUUCUUCACCCUCCUAUAUCCUGACCAUGAAUCCCUUGAGUUAAUAUCCAUCCUCCAUGAAAUACUUCAGUAGUUUCUUUAUUCAGUAUCUGCUUCUCUAUACCUUGUCACUUUACGUGCUGGAUGGCUCUCAGUUUUUGUACAGAAACCUUUUGUACAUUUUAUCUUAUUAACACAAUUCAUGGAAUUUAAAAACUGCUGCCCAGUCCAAGACUAAAUCCUACCUAACCUCAAAUUCUCCUAGGAUGGGUAAUGGUUCCCUAAGACAAUCUAAUGAAUAAGGGAAGCUCACACGAACAUAAAUACAUUGGUUAGACCAUUGUUCAUCUUCUGACAUAGUUUAGAUUCAUUGUCUCAACUUUUUCACUCAAGUACAUGAAAAUAGUUUUUAUUACUUGCAUUUAGAGUGUUAGCAUCACUCCUACAGCAAAAAAUGAACUAGGCACAGCAGACUUAGUAUUAAUCACGAACUAAAUAAAACCAGUCCUGCGAGUCUGACAGAAACAACCUGUCAUAAAGCGUUGCUCCUUUACCUUAGGAUUGCUGCAUUCAAUAUAUCCAUAUUAUUCAGUGUGGUCUUGUCUCCUCUAUUUCAGUGAAAACAGGCAUUCUAGUGCAGCAGGAAGACUACUGGCUUUUAAUUCUCAAGGAUGUUGAUUCAAUCCCUGCCUCUAAGUCAGUUAAGAGGAGUCCAAUUCUCUAAACGUACAUCUAGACAGCAACAACAUUUAAAUAUUUCAAUUCAAUAAUGAGUGGCACUUUCAUUAUCAGCCAUGUAAGCAGCCAAACAUUUCAUGUUGUUCCCUAUGAGCCUCUCACAUUUGCUUCAAGACAUUCUUCUCUGUAAAACUGAUUUGUCUUCUUGGGUGUGUUUAAUGAACACUCUUCUUCAGGUUGGGCCACAAGAUGUUCUUUGGGCCACUGUCAGAAUUGUGUCAUUCAAAACAACAAAAUAUCCUCCUCUUAAUUUAUUCUUUGGAAGAUAUUUUGCAAUUUUUGGAUCAUUGUCAUACCUAAAAGUUGAUUUAAGGCUCACAUUUAUCUUUAAUAUUUUAGGACAAUUGUAAACUCUUACUACCCUUUAUGUAAUUUUGGUCUAAACAGCUAAAUGCUAAAAAGCAUUCUAAAAAGCAUUCUAAAUCCAUGGCACCUCUGCCAAAAUUGCUGCCUGAUAAGUUUUAUAAUUAGCAGUGCAAGGUUGUCAUUAUAAUACAAACGUAUCACUCCACAGAAUGUUCUACCAAACAUCUGCAGGAUUGCCCUUAUAAAACUAUGCAAAUUUAGCUUGAGCAGUUAUGACCAUAAUUAAGGCUAAAGAAUUUGUCAUGGCCAUCUUCUUAUGAAUUUAACUGGAAAUCAUCUGCAGCAGUAGAGGUCUGGAGAUUCUUAGAUGUGAUCAAGAGGUACUUAAUCAUAGGAAGCUUUAUUGUGGCCAAAGAUUGCAAUACUGAAAGAGGCCCACAUUUAGGUAAAAACAUACAACGCAUAUGCCUAUUAUUUGUCAUACAGUACACUGAAGAACUUCAAAAAGUUUCCCUUUGGUGGUAAAACUCUCUUCAGAUAGACAAGCACUUCCAGGUCAUCCAAGAUAUAUUAUAUAUAUAAUAUAUACCUUACCCUUUACCGGUAAGACCAGACUGUUUAGGUUCCACAUACUGAUAGUUGAAGGCUUUUGUAAAUUCAUACUGGUGAUUAGUUCUUUGAUUGAUUAACUUUCUAUCUCAUGAUUUUACCACUAAGCUGUAUGACUUUAUUCAAGUGCAGAAGUAAGUGAACCUCAAGAUUACAUUUUCCAAUUGCAUUCUCACAUAUCUCGUAAACAAUACACAAACUGUUUCUUUCUGCCCAUUCUAUUUAACAAAAGCAAGAAGACUGAAAAAGGGUAUUAUAGCAAAAAUGUAAUGUUUGAAGAUGAAAAAUAGGAGUUCAACACUUUCUUAGCAGCACUGUACAUACACAUCUAUACACACAUAUUAAUCAUUAUAAAAUUUAUUGUGGUUCUUUCAGCUCUUCAGGUUUUAAGAUUUUAAAUUACAGUAUCAUAAUGCAGGUAAGCAAUAAAGUAAUGUAAAUUAGACAAAGAUUUAUUUUAAAUUAGCUGUACUCAUCCUGUGUUAAACAAUAUAGAUAACAGUGUUUUCCAGUAUAACUAGUUCAUUGAAAUCCAUUAAAUUAUUUUUUUCCAUUUUUGUUUGUUCAUUUUGUUUUUGCUCAUCUGAAACUGAUUUUUGGAUUUGGCUUAGUGAAACUUGCCAUUAGUUUGCUAAAAAUCCUGUGGUGAAGAGAGGAUGGUGGUCCCAUUGGUUAGGUGAAUCUUACUCUGGUUGGAUGAAAUACACAAUAAAUUAAGUAUAUAGAGAGAAUGACAUUACUUAGGAUAUGGCUAUCUUAAGUUGACAAAAUGUAUUACACAUGGAAAUGCGCUCUGCAAACAAAAGAUAUGCCCCCUUGUACUUUUUACCAGCAUCACACAGAACAGCCACUUUUCAAAACUUAUUGGGCACUUGGAGGCUGUGAAUGAAAGACUGCUGCUAUUUGACUCUCAUUCUUUCUUUAUGAACACCUAGUCCUUUUCAAGUAUUUGCUGAUAAAGACCUCCUCGAUUUGGCCCUGGUUGCUAUGACUCUGUACACGGACAUAUUUUAGUGUGUUUAUUUAAGUAUUUUUAUUAACUAUAGGGUUUUUAUGUGCUGAAUCUGCAUUGAAUUUGAGGAGUUUUGGUGGCCUUUGUCUUUUUUCUGGAUGCUGCCUUGUUGUAUUGUCAUCAUCAUGACACAUUGACAUUUGCUAUGGUAUGUAGUCUUGUAAGCAAUGUGGUUGAUGUAAUCAAAGCAGCACUACAAAGUCAUUAUGCCAGAUGUGUCACUAACUAUAUCAAACAAAAGCCUUUGUAUUUGUCUUAGUUGUGUUAUUAUGAUUUUCAAAUUCUAAAUACUGCUUUGAUUUCAAUUAUUACGAUUUUCAAGUUUAGAUUUAGAAACUGAUGUUGGUUUCGUUUUAGCUUUCUGCUUGUUUUCUUUUCCUCUCCUGGUCAUCUGUUGAAAUUUUCAUAGUCUUUCCUGUUCAAGGCCUACUCCUCUUGACUGCUGGAACUUGAAGUCCAUAGAAAUAUCCAGUAGAAAUGUCACAGGUUCAUCUAAAAAACAGGCUUGCUUGUGAGACUGAUGACUUAAAUUUUUACAUUUUUAUGAGCCAUUUUUUAAAUACAAAAAAGUAUAUUUUCUUUUAAAAAAUCAUCAAUGGACUGGCCUUGCAAUUUGAACUGAGGCCUAACCAGGACAACAGAUCCACUCUGUUUUGAGAGAGUUAUUUAGAGCAGGAUGGAUUUAGUUAUUGUGUUUGUUUAUUAUGAACAUGUUGAUAUUAGUUGCAGCCUUACAAUGUUCAAUGAUAUUUGAGAAAUCUUUAUUUCAGAUUUAUUGUAAUAACAUAACACAUGCUUUCUUUCAAAGUACCCAGGCCUAUGUUUAAACUCUGUUCAUGCCUGAGGAACUUGUCACUGUUGCUAUUGACUUUACUAAACUAAAUUUAAGACAGAUCAUUACAAUGUCACUUGUAUCACACAUGGAUAAAAGAACACUUACCUCUGGCUAACCUGCUCUGACCUUGAACAGUCAGGCCAUCAUUCUUUUCUCCUACUUCCAACUUAUAGAAAAAUUAAUAAAAUGUACAACGCCACCAAGAAAAGUGGUCCAGGGCCGGAAAAAAUAGGCGUGGAGGCAAAACUGCAGGAUGUUUUCAUUAAAACAUUGAGAAAUUUAUAGAGAUUUUUAGGUAAUUUCUCAAUAAGAAGCUGUGGGUCAAUAGCUGACAUCUAAAAUUUACUGAAGGCUCACAGUCAUACAUUUCAGGUUGAUGUCAUGGAAACAUAAAAAAAGCCAUGACCUCAAGCAAACAAUUACAUUUGGUAAACAUGAGUACGGGUAUAAGCUGAGUAUAGUAACAGUCAUGAUGAUGUAAGAGAGAUAUUUUAAAUGAGUCAGCAUUAACAUCAAUAAGGCAUCAGGUCCAGAUAGAAUUUCAGAAUAUUUUUCAAAUCCUUUUUGUGACAGACUACUUUAAUCUAACUUUAGGAAUAUGUGUGCCUUUCCUCAAAAAAAAGGGAAAAAACAUGGAGUAUGUGAAUAAGUACAGAUUAGUGCCGCUCACUAUGAUUGUUUGACACAUAUAUCCCACAGUGUAGUGUGGUGAAAUCCCUGCUUUCACUCUGUAGCCACUCACAUCCUAAAUUUGCUGAUGACACCACUCAUCCCCUGCUUGAUCACAAGCAGUGAUGGAAGCAGGAGGCAGACUACACUUUCAUCCAUAUCAGAGGGGAUUUUAUUGAAAGGGACAACAUCUUGAACUGUCUUAAGAGUUUCCAUCACUGAUAAUCUGAAGUGAGAACAACACAUCUCAGCUAUAGUCAAGAAGGAUUUCAAACACUUUUACUUUGUAAUACUGUAUGUCUGAAGAAAGCCCAGAUGUCUAAAGGUACACAGGAAAUCUUUACUCACUGGCUGCAAAACAUUCAGCUACAGGAUCUUCCUAGCUCACAACUGAAAAGCAAUGCAGAUAGUGGUAACCUUGCCACAGAUUAUUUCAGGUAUACAGGUAUUUUUUUUCAUAUGGUGCUUUAGAAAGGUAAACUGUAUUAUUAGAUUCUUUGGCCACCUUCCACAGCCACAUUUGCACUCUCCCCUUUUAGCAAAAGAUAUAGGAUCAUUAGUACUCACACUAGAAAAUACAGAAACAGAAAUAUCCCCAGGCAAUGUUACUCUUCUGCCACUAAUACUGACAAAAUAAUUGCUGCAUAUGUUGCAUACUGUAUAAUAUAUAUAUGUUGUAUUCAAUGUAUGAUGCUUCUCUUUUUUGUCUGUUUUCAGUAUAGUAUUAACAUCACUAGUCUGUGUGAGACAUAAAAGCAUUUAUCUUUAAUGUGACAUGGCUUGAUUUGACCAUUCAAAUCUUCUGCAUUUUACUAGUAUUUUCAUUAACUGGAAUCACAUAGUCUUCAAUUGUUUUGGAAACAUCAUAUAUUGUGGUAGUAAAAAAAAUAAAAUAA